AAUUAUUAAUUGUAACAAUUUAGUUCCAAUACAGCCUUUUAUUGACAACAUCUCAUUCACAAAAUGAAAAUUCUGUUGCUCUGCUUUGCAUUUUAUCUACCUUACGCUCUCUGUAUAAUUGGUGGCAAUGAUGUACAAAAGAACAUUGUGGAACCACACUUUGUCGUCUCACUAAGGAAAAUGGGUGCCUAUAGACAUUUUUGUGGCGGUUCAUUAAUUGCUUCGAAGUUUGUACUAACAGCAGCUUCAUGCGUGAAAGACCAAAAUUUAAAAGAUGUUUUUGGUUACGUUGGUGCAUCAAAUGUGGACAGCAGCAAAGAACGAGUAAUGAUAUAUUUUGACAAAGUUUUUUUUAAAGAUCCCACUGGACAGAAGCUAGUGCGAAACAAUAUCGCAUUAUUGCAUCUAAAAGACAGAAUUACACAUUUUGAUAUGGAUAAAGUGCAGAUAAUUGACUUUUCGUCAGAUACGGACAUAGCGACAAAUGGAGCUCGAUGCAAAGUCUUCGGUUGGGGCCAGACGGAUCGCUUACGCAACGAGUCCACAAAUAUUUUACAAGAAACAUGGACUUCUAUUGAAGAUUUUAAGACAUGCAAAUACCACAACAGUGACGUGGAUGAAUCUAACAUCUGUACCUACUGCUCCACUGCAAGUUGUUGUAAUUUUGAUGCAGGUACUCCAUUGGCUUCGACAGACGUCUUGUGGGGAAUAGCAACUGAAGACUAUGCGUGUAGCGAAAGUCCAAUACUCGGCGAUGUAUUCACACGAGUAGAUUCGCACAAGGACUGGAUCGAAAAAACAAUUGAGGAAAAUUCAUCAAAACAACACAAACCACAUACAGUCAUUAUGAGUACCUGCAUCAUUAUGCUUUUGAAGACUUGGCUGCAUUUAUGAAAAGAAUCGUUUUAAAGCUGGUCCAAAUUCACAGUUAAGCAUUGUCGAAGAUGAUGGUCUGGCGAGUAAAAUUUUUAGAAGCUUGAGCGUACUCAAUAAAUAUUGUCUCGUUCUCGUUGAUUCGUCACAACCCCAGGAAAAUUAUUUUCGAAUUUUAUGGAACAAAUAACACUACUAAUAAC